AUGUCGAACAAAAAUAACUCACGUACUCAGCAGGGGAGCGAGAAAGAGGGACCUAGAGACAACAAAUAUGCUCAUGUCAAGGCCUUGCUGCUCACUUUCAAAUACCACGACCUGGGGAAAUGUCUGAACAAUGAAACCAAGGGUCUCAAGAAAGCGUUUAAGACGUUGGGCUAUGACGUCGAGGACGUUGAGGCGUUUGAUAUCCCUAUGAAAGACUCUGAGAAUGCCUUAUAUGAGAAAGUGGACGAGUUCUUGAAGAGGCCAGCGAAGAAGGCAGAGAAGAAGGCAGAGAAGGAGGAAGAUACACUUCUCAUCAUUUACUAUCACGGACAUGGCGGAGUGUCUGACGAUGGACUGGAACUCGUCAGCCAUAACAUUCCGGACGAUACAUACGACCUGGGACGCACGAUGGGUUUGAUCCUGGAGCACCUUGCCCACGCCGAGAGCGACACCAUCGGCGAUGAUGGAACCAGGAAAGAGAUAACCAACGAAUGGCAAAGAUAUCAGCGCGUUGCCAAGGUGAGGUGGCAUUAUAACGACCAGAAAAAGCCAGACGACCAGAAAAAGCCAGACGACCAGAAAAAGCCAGACGACCAGAAAAAGCCAGACGACCAGAAAAAGCCAGACGACCAGAAAAGACCAACCCUCAGGAGAAAGAUUUUGGAUGCAAAGUACGACACGCUGGUCAUUCUUGAUUGCUGCAAUGCGGGACUUGCCGCCCUGGGUGAGGCGUGGCAAGGUGUCGAGAAGGGCGACCGUACGGCGAAAAGCCAGGAAAGCAAGGAGGGAUUCAAUCCUUACCGCAAGGAGCUGAUUGGGGCCUGCGGCUGGGACGUUGGAACUGCAAAUUGGAUGACCCAGGCUCUGCUCGAGUCCCUGAAACAUAAUCUUCUUGAUAAGGAGGAUGCUGUGUCGAUGGCCACGGUCGUUCGCGACAUGAACACCAUUCUGGGCAACAAGUUUUUGGAAGGAAGACGCAAGGGACAUCGCAAUCGCAAGGCAUUUCCCCAGACUGUGCACUAUCUACUCGAUCGGACCAAGCGCGACAAAAUACUUUUGGAGGCGCACAAAAAGCCAAACUGGAAGACCGAAAAGAAGGAGGAAGCGAGGCCACAAUAG